AUCAGGCGCCCAGGGCGAGGCCUGGAAGGACAUCGAGGCCGACGAGGUGGACCUCGCGAAAAAGGUGUCCGAGGACGGCGGCCCCAGCCCUGUCGACCGGGGGCAAUGGGGCGGGAUCGUGGAGGGGGGCGCUCCAGACACGCUCGUGCUCUUUAGGCUGAAGCCCGCGCAGACGAAUAAGAGGGCGCCAGGCCCAGGGGCCAUUCGCAAGCGUGACUUGAUGCCCGCGGCGAAGAAGCGGCCCAAGGGCCGCCGCGUCAUUCUGCACGCGGACGGCGCCAAGAGUUACAGGGUCAAGUUGGGCGGCGUGGAGCACGACUGCGUCGUCCAUUGCCGCAAGCGCGCCAAGGUCAACGAGAAGUGCAUCUGGGCGAGGCCGAAGUGCGCCAAGCCCCGCUUCCACAACAUUGCCGAGGACGGCGCGCCCAAAAAGAAGUUGUGGGCGAUGGCUGGGGCGCAGGUAAUCGACCGUUGCUGGCGCGGUCUCCGCAGGCACCUCGGCAGCGUCAAGGUCGUGAAUACAAAGCUUCUCCGCCAGAAGAUCCGCUCGUUCCAGUGGGAAUACUGGAACCGCGGUGCCGACUACUGGCAGUGCACGGGGGACAUGUUGAGCGACUUGUGGCACAAGGGCGUUUCCUCUGUGGGGCAGGUCGCAUACGACGCUGCCGGCGACGGCAAGCUGACCGCCGAGGAGGCGGGCUUGAUGGUCAGCGGGGGCAAGUUUGAUUAUCACCCUUCGAAGUGCGUCAAGAAGGACAGGUUGUCUUUCGAUGGUGACCAUGCAAUUUUCGACUUCCCCUUGGUGCCGAUCGCGAAUUCGAGCACUGUGAAGUCCAUGGCAUUCGCCGACGUCGCGCCCAACUACGCGGGCCCAGUUGACGUCGAUAAGGUCCACGAGUUGUGCUGCAGUGGUAAUUUCACGGGCUUGCAGGACCCGUUGCUGUUCAUCAUGCGCGAGAAUCCCGCGGACCCUGAGUGCUCCACCUACCGCAUCCUCAAGAUUGUCAGCUUCAAGAAGAACAGAGUCGACGCUUCGACCACCUUGAGCUGCGCCCGCGGGGGCCCCCACAAGAUCGACUACGGCAAAAACUUCAGGUCGGGCUCGAUUGUGUUGUUCCACUUCAUGUUGGAGAAGCUUGAGGGCUACCAGAUACGCCCCCCCCACCUUAGGUACUGCACGAUCAAGCCGCAGCACGAGCGGAAGCAGCCGCUAGAGCAUGAUGAGCGCACGCAGGGGUGCGCGUCCAUCCGCGAGCACGGCCCUCGUAGUAACAACAGAAACCAGUUCAUGGAGUGGGCCGACGCGGAGGAUUUCGCGGGCUGGUUCCUCAACGGCGUCCUCAAGUUCACGAUUGGCACCCUCAAUUUGCACGGGGUCUUGUGGAUCGGGAAGUCCAGGGCCAGCAAGAGCAACGGCUCUAAGACUUUGGCCUGGACGCACUCGGCGUGCAGCAUCCAGAAGAAGCGGUCCGCCGGCGACGUCGCCUUCCUCACUGUCAAGCAUAUGGAUUUCUUCAAGGGAGAGCCGACGACGGACGUCCAUCCUGGGAUUUUCGACGACGGCCUCCCGCAGAAGAGGGCGGCGCUGGAUGCCGCGACGCGCAGCAAGUGCGACUUGGACCGCUGCAAGAAGAUCGUCGCCCCGUCGCUCGAGGAGGUGAAGACCGAGGAGGACUUCAAUGCCAUCCUCGCCAGGUCGCACUUCGUCGCGGUCGCGGACCUCGGGGUGCACUGGCGCGCGGCGCCCGCAGAUCUGGAGGACGGCGCCGACGAGGUGCGGGACACGUCGUCGCCCGCUGUCCGCCCGCCCCCUUCAGACUAUGCCGACAAGAUGGAAUGGUCAAUCGGCCACAUGAGCAGUCUGGUGGGGGGCCGUGACGUACCCGCGGUUGCGACGGUCCGCGUUGCCCCGAUGUUUGGUGAUGGCCCUGGACGCGCGGUCUCAGUCGUCGGCAGUGGCAGGAUUUCGGGGUUCGUCAAGCCAGGCGCGGCGGCAAGCGCAUCGCCCACCCCCGCGGCCGCUUCGGCGUCUCGUUCCGAUGGCGCGGCAGACGCGCCAGCCGGCGCCGCUUCGGCGUCUCGCCCUGACGACGCGGCAGACGCACCAUAUGAGGACGACGUGUUCGGUCUCGGCGGCGGCGUGGAUGGGCCAGAGGAGAGCGCCCCCGCCGCAAGCGCCGCGCAGCCUGACAUCGCGGGACGUUGCGGGGAGCUGACGAAGGAGGACCAGGACGAGCAGACCGCCAUUUUCAAGAGCCUCGACAGGGCGCGCCACGGCGCCUCCGUGGACUUGUGCUCGCCUCCGCCAGUGAAGAGGGCGAGAAGGCUCACGGUGGGGCGCGGAGGUCCGCUGUCGGGAGUGGACGCCGCGAAGCAAGAGGCGGCAUUCGCCUCCAUCGGCGAUCAGGCCUCGGAGCCGGCGGCGGCGCCCCCCGGCGAUGCCCAGUGA